AAAAAACAACAAAGACAUAUUGGCCUACCAUAAGCAAAAUGAAGUACAAAAGGAUUCAAGUUAUCUUUUUUAUCAUUCUGUGGACCAAACUCUACUUCAGCGAUGGCCGAACACUGACAGUUAAUGCAGAAAGCGGGCCACCUACAGGAAAUGGCCCUCCUGCAGCUGCUGGCAGUAACCCUCCAACAGUAGAUAACAAACCUGCUGAAAAUAACACACCCGUUGCGAAUAACCAACCUGCUGGAAAUAACCCACCCGUUGGGAAUAACCAACCUGCUGGAAAUAACCCACCCGUUGGGAAUAACCAACCUGCUGGAAAUAACGCACCCGUUGGGAAUAACCAACCUGCUGGAAAUGACCCACCCGUUGGGAAUA